AUGGACCUAUCGACGCUUGCAAGCCAUGCCCAGAAGUUAUCGGCACGACUGUCGGAAAACUUGGCCGAACGCACAAAGGAUCUCGGUCUAGAUCCGGAAUAUAAUCUUUCCAACCCAUCUAGCACUCUCAACAACAAGCUUCCGAUCUUGGCCCAUGCCCAGGGACUCUUAGGAAACUCAACCCCUUAUUGGGAGAGACUGAGUGAGCUCACAAGUGUCCAGGGCGAAUCGGAGACUAAGAGGUUAUUGGGCAGUAAGUCUGAAUCUGAUCGAGUCGAAGGUUUAAAGAGAGUCACGGUUCUCAUGUGCCGAAACAGACCGGUACUUUCAUUUUUCCCAUUCGUAACCAAUUGUCUUCAUCCGUCAACUUCAUCGACGGCCAAUGGAUCGUACCACUCAACUGCUUCACAUUCCUUCACGAUCAGACAUCUAGUCUCAAUUUACAUCCUGCAACAUUCUCAUCUGUCGCCCGAUCUUGCCCUACUAUCAGUGAAUGCCUGGCAAAAGGAUUUCUCAGAUUCAAGUCCGAUCAUCCGCGCCCUUGCUUUGAAAACUCUUGCAGGAAUGGCUCUCGAAUCCGUCUUACCUCUCGUCGUAGUCACCAUCAACCGGUUAGCAAAUGAUCCGAAUUGGUUCGUCAAACGGACCGUCGCCGAAGCCUUGAUUACAGUCCAUCAGAUGGACCCAGAGACCUAUCGGGAAAAGUUGAUCGAAGGACCCGUGGAACGCCUCUUGCAAGAUCGGUCCCCACUCGUUCUUGGUGCGGCCGUGACAGCAUGGGAGGCAAUCUGCCCCGAGAGGUGGGAUCUACUCCACCGGCGAUUUCGGCCGCUGUGUUGGACCCUUGUUGAUGCAGACGAAAAUGGACAACAUGUGAUCAUGCGUACCUUAACUCGAUAUGUACGGGUACACUUUACCAAUCCAGAAAAGCCCUCUGAUUCCAACACGCCGUUAGAUCCAGAUCUCGAACUGUUUUUGAAUUCCGUCACCACACUCUUCCAAUCUCGCAGCUCUUCAGUCGUCGUCGCUGUCACGAACGUCUUCAUCUUUUUGGCUCCCCUGGAUCGUCUAAAGACGGUCGUCCCAGAUUUGAUGAGAUUGGUUGAGGAGAAAGCAUCUGAGCGCGAAGAUGAAUCCCUCUUGGUAGUCCUGCAUCAGGUUUAUCAGAUCAUCAAAUUCACAUCCAACAAGCUGAAAAAAUCACACUUGUUCUCGGACCAUCUUAGCAGCUUCGGGAUAUGCUCUACUUCGGACUCCCAAGCAGUUAAACUCACUAAGCUGAAAAUUUUAACAACAUUUUUAUCUCUCAAUGAUCGGAGCGUCCAGCUAAGAAUUCUGUCGGAACUGAAAUUCUGCACCCGAGAUCUUCAUGAAGAGUUUGCCAAACAAGUUAUUCAGACAAUUGGUCAAAUGAUUAUGAUGACCACUGCCAAAGUACAACAAGAAGCCUUGGGCGUGUUAAUCGAACUGGCAAAAACUGGUCAGAUUAAACAGAGAUGCAAAUCGGUCGAAAUACUUCGGGCCCUACUGUCCUCAGAUCUGAGGACUAUCACCGCCAUAUUGCCUGAUCUUCAAAGGCUCAAGGGAGAUCUCAUUCAACUACUUGUCCAUAACAAGAUCCAGCAGGACAGCGCUCGAGCCAAUAUCUAUCGCUUGGUUUCUGAGAUUGAAUUUCGAUCGGAAACUCCCAACCCCAGUUUUAUACAUUUUUACAAAUAUUCGAUUUGGAACUUUGUGAACGAAGGACUUCGAUGCAAGUUUCAGAUCCUCUCACUGGUAUCCAAAUCGUUGCUGAUGAUCACAAUACGGAGACAACAAGAUGACGCAUCGAUGUCUUCAGUUUUGUUUGAUCAGCGCCGGUCGUAUCAGCUAGGGUUUGAUCAUCUCAUGCGGCUAGCACGAUACGACACCGACUUUAUCGUCCGAGAUCGUGCACGUUUCUUACAGGGUCUACUAACGUCCACUCAAGGCCUGACACUUGAAGAACCAAAAGAGUUUGGAUUGGUCGAAGUCCAUGAGCACGACGAGUAUCAUGACGAGACAAUCGCUCUGCUCGACGAACACACCGCCUUCGCUCGAGGUCAUCACCUCUCUUCUGGACAUGAGCCUUCCUCCUGCAGCAUCGACCAAGAACCGAUGAAGAAAAUCGGCCUUGAGGAGUUGAAGAAGAUCUUAUUUCUUGAUCCCUCAUCCGAGCCUGUCAAUAUGGAUGAUCAUCAAGGGCAAAGUGACUUUGAGGCAAACUCGUUAAUUCGGAUGGCAGGAUUGAACUGGGGCGAGAGAGGGAAUUUUAACUCCGGCAGUUGGAGGUAUCUGGAUUGGAAUACGGUUCCGGCUUGGUCCCAGAGCGCACUGGAUCCAAUGUUGAGAGAGCCCGAGGACGGGCAGGAGAAGAGUCAAGGCCCAUCGACUCAGCACCCCUCAGCCUUCCACCAACGUGUCUCGAAUCUGUCCGGAAGUUCGACGAACGAGCAAAAGAGGAUGGGUGGCCAAUCGAAGUUCAAAGAGAAAGUGGUCUUAAUCCCCACAGGCUCUGACGACGAGCUCGAGCUUAGGUUGUUUUCCCUUCAUCUUGAUACGGGCUCAGUCAUCCCUCAACUUCAGCUAGAGUGA